GGAGUCGAGUUGAAGAUCUCGAUGGAUAAGUGAAAACUACUUACCCAAAGAAAAAUAUAGCUGCCUCGUUCUUGUAAUGUCUGAGAAUGGAGGCCGCCUGGAGUGAAGCUUAUUCGCUUUAUUUUACCAGCAUUUCCCCGGUUUUUGAGUUUUAGCCUCGCGUCACUGGAGAAGGAAGAUGGCAGUGUGGUUCGAAAUUCUCAAACAACUACGUGCUGGCCGCUAAUGAGCUAUGUACCAGGGGGAGGUUGCUGUAGUGUAUCUUCUUGAUAUGUAUGAUAUAUGCCCUUUGUCCUGCAUUCUUCACUCAGUCUUGGUCCUGCGAAAAGGAAGACUUCAAUACCGAGAUUUAGAAACUUGUACUUGUUUCGACUUGAGGGACCUCCGAAGAAUUGCUUUCUUGUAGCUCAACCUGUUUAUUCUAUGAUUUAGAUUUUUAGUAUGCUGCACUUUGAAUAUACGAAAAUAUUGAUGUCGAGCACAAGCAAGAUGGGUUUUUAUUGAAGUUUCCUUGUGAUCUUUCCGCGGGCCUUUUUUGUGUCAGCUAUAGAUCUUCCACUCUUAGCACGCAUAGCACGUAUGACGUUUCGAAAAAGAUACAAAAAACAAUGAGGAUCAGCACUACUAGACAGACACUUGCGAGCAGGUUCCUCUGUGUGCACGUGUAUUUAUUAUUUCUACAAGUACUAUCACGGCACUGGCAUAAUAUUGCAGCAUAUUUUUUUGAGAAAAUCCAAAUCGUAACGCACCCGAAUCGCAGCUGUAUCGAUCUACAUCUAUUGGUACAUUUUGCAAGAACCAGUAACAACAUGAACUUUGUUGUAGGACAGCCUACCCGGGGUUCAUGCAACAAACUCACUGUCUACAUUAAAAGACGCGGCUGCGCGCGAUACUUUCAGUUUCUAACAGUUUCUGCUGCAGAGUCUGCAACAACAAAAAAAUUAGGCCGAUUUCUAUCACUAUCCGACUCACAAGAGGAAAAAAAGUCUGAUACAAUGGCAGUCUUGUUUUAA